UAUAGUCGUUUUAUUUGUAACAUGAUUGUAGUUGUAGGCGACAAUAUAAAUCUUAAUUGAAUCGCAAUAAGGUUUAACUAAUAUGGUUUUAAUGAGUUAUCUGUGUCUGAUUAUUUUUAGUCCUGAAUCUAUUUUGAAUCUGUGUAGGCUAUGAGCCGCCUUUUUACCAGGAAGUUGUAUGGAGCCAACAACGGUUGAAAUGUGGCAUUUGCUCCACUGCUCUGGUCUUAUCCGGUGAGUGGAGUGUUCGGGUCGGGUCAGCCGCGUACUGUGUGGAGCUUCGUGUGCGCUUUAUCGACAAUACAGUUACAUUUGACGCCUUCAUUAUUUCACCAACGAAGGUACCUGAUGGAAAAUAGCCGAUUGAAUAAAGACCUGAGGCCAUGUUUCAGAUGAUUCUACUGAGAUGGGCUUUUCCUCGAGGUGAUUUCUGAUCUAGACGGGUCCUGUGGAAGUGAAGAAAGUGGUAGAGGAGGAGAAGCAGGAGACCUAUCAUUCUGACUCUAUCUAUGGACUGUAGACAAACACCAUUGUCUUACGUCAGACAGUGCGACUCAUUCCACAUUUGUUUGAACUUACGUCGUACAGGAGGAGUUCUGCGUAGGAGUGACGCCACCUGUUGGACUCAGAAAAGAAGACAAUGGCCGUGUGUGUGUGUGUCAGUGUUGUCCGACUGGCUCUGCUGUCAUCUAGGCUCUGAUGGCAGAUGUUCCCUCUGGACUACUGGAGGCUUGUGUGGUGGUUGGAGCAGUCAGCAGUACACUCCGGGAACUCUAUCAGUCACACCAGCAGGGUAAAAUCAAAGAGCUCCCCCUGUUGGAGACGGAGGUACUGCAGGUGCACGCCCCACCCUUUGUGACCAAAGAGAGUGUGAGUAGCGAGACCAAGGGUCAGGGUCACGCCCCGGCCUUCACCAGGAUCCAGAGGAGGCGCUCCUUCAUCAAGAAGAAGAGGGGGAGGCCUGGUACGGCUAAUGGAGAGGCAGCCAAGGGUAGCGAUGGAUGGGGUGGCACCACAGAGGACAUCAGUGUCCCCCAGGACCUGGACCUCAUCGCCCUGCCUCAGCUCUGCUUCCCAGGGGGUCUUCAGAUAGCCAGUGAGCAGAGAGAAGACUCGUACCAUUACCUGGUGUUUACUGAUGUCUUCGGGAACAGGACACAUGCUGUAGUGGUGCAGUACUACAGACCUAUACAGUUCUCUCAGGAUGGUGGGCACCAAAAUGGCUACCGGUUGUCCUCCAAGUCGUCCCGUCUCUACACGGCGUACGGUAUCUGUGUCAUCUCUAAAUACCCUUACUACAACGCUCUCAGGGACUGCCUGUCAUGUCUCUUGUCCCAGCUCAAGCCCAGCUGGAUGGGGGACUUUGAGGAGAGGGUGAAGGAGUUUUCAGCCAAGCUGGCGCUGGUGCCCAUACCUCCACCUGGGCAACUGCAUGUGGUGUUUAGUCUGAGGCCUCUCCAGAUUGGGCUUCCCUCCCGGGAGGAUAAGGACCGGCCAGCUGUUGACCUCGACCUCCAUCUGCCUUUCCUGUGCUUUAGACCCCGACAGCUCCUCCAAAUCAUUACCAGCCUACUGACAGAGCAGAGGGUGGUACUGUUUUCCUGUGACUGGGCCCGGCUCACCCUGCUGGCAGAGAGCCUGAUGCUCUUCAUCCACCCCCUGGUGUGGCAGCACCCCUUCGUCCCCGUCCUCUCAAGCCAGAUGCUGGACUUCCUCAUGGCGCCCACCGCCUACCUCAUGGGCUGUCAUCUGCACCAUUAUGAAGAGGUGGCCGCGGAAACAGAUGAUCUGAUUCUGGUUAACAUUGAUGAUGGCAUCGUGUCGUCUUCCUCGUCCGACGGGGUUGACCUGCCGGACGUCCCGCUGGCGGCCAGAGAGUGUUUUCUAACACGGGCGGAGAGUCUCCAGAUGCACUAUGACCUGGACGUGUGUCACCUGGGGUCCAGUACAGACGUCAACGACCAGAGGGCCCAGAGGAGGCAGUGGCAGAGGAAACUGAACACACACAUCCAGAACAUCACUCUGGAACUCAUCGUCAACAUCUUCAGAGAAGUCCACCAUCACCUCAACUAUGAGCACAGAGUCUUCAACAGUGAAGAGUUCUUCAGGUCUAGAGAACCAGCAGACCAGCCAUUUUUCAAGAAGGUGUUGGACACACACAUCUUCCACUCGUUCCUACGGGAUCGUCUGAACAGGAAGAUGGACGCGUUCACACGCAUGGAGCUGAGCACUCGGACAGAAACUUACAGGCUGAAGUCCAUGACAGAGUUUCCGCGGCGGCCCACCAUGCAGGAGCUGGCCCGUAAAUACACCAGUCCAGAGAGCCGGCUCAGCAAGAGGCUGGGGGCCAGCCUGCCCAACCUGGAGGAGGGUGUGGGCACCCUAGUGGGACCCCUCAUGCAGAACUCCCUCAAGAAGAUACAGGUGGACAGCGGUCUGAAGUCUCCCCAGAAGCCAGUGAGAUGCUUCAAGCUUCCUGAGUUCCCUCCACCGCUGGCCUACCACUAUGUCCAGAAUUACUACCAGGAGAUGAUCACCCUCCUGGACAAGGCCAUCAGCGGGGUGGCCUUCGAGGACUCUUCUCUCCUGGCCUGCUAUCACUACCUCCGGGGCUUUGUCAACACAGUGGCCGGUAAACGUCUGGACGCUCUGGAAGACUUUCAGAACCUUUACAAGACGGACACGGACAUCUUCCCUGGCGAGCUGGUCAACGCCCUGGUGGACUCUCUACAGGAUGGGGAACGGGCACAAGCUAACCGCCGAACCGAGAUCAAACGCCUGAUUAGUCGGGUGAAGAAGGACCACGAGAGGGAGCGGACGUGCCAUGACGACGAAGCUGUCAAGCGGUUCCAGCUGCCGAAAAAGCACAUGCAGUUGGAGGACUUUGUGAGGCACGUGCAGGAGUCUGGGAUUGUCAAGGACCAGGGGACCAUUCACCGGCUGUUUGAGGCUCUCACUGUGGGCCAGCAAAAACAGGUGGAUCCAGAACUCUUCCGAGUGUUCUACACCUUCUGGAAGGAGACGGAGGCCGAGGCUCAGGAAGUGGCCCUGCCGGCCUCAGUCCUGGAGCACCUGGAGGCUAACGAGUGUGUCUUCAAGCUGUCCUCUUCGGUCAAGACCAGCCACGGCGUGGGCAAGAUCGCCAUGACCCAGAGACGGCUGUUCCUGCUGACCGUAGGACGACCCGGGUACGUGGAGAUCACCAAGUUCAGAGACAUUGAGGAGGUGAAGAUCUCCUCGGCUCCCUUCCUGCUGCUGAGGAUCCCCUCUCUGAAGAUCAAGACCACCCUGAGGAAAGAGACGUUUGAGGUCAACCUGAAGUCGGAGGUUGACCUCUGGCACCUCAUGGUUAAGGAGAUGUGGGCCGGACGGAAGAUGGCCGACGACCAUAAGGACCCCCAGUAUAUGCAGCAAGCUCUGACCAACGCCCUGUUGAUGGAUGCAGUGGUUGGCUGUCUGCAGUCACAAAAGGCCAUUUUUGCAGCAACCAAGUUAGCACACUUUGACAGAAUGAAACUGGAAGUGCCAAUGAUGGUUCCCAAAACCACGUCAGAGACCCUGAAACACAAGAUCAACCCGUCUCUGGACCGGACUAGCCCCCAGGCGGUAGAUGUUCUGCUCUACACCCCAGGCCAGCUGGGCGUAUCGUUCGACACCGAGGGUGAUGGGAACCCCAAACUGUGGUGCGCCCUGAGCGACGGGAAAGUUGUGGUGUUUGAUGCAGCCAGCUGGUCCAUGCAACAAAGCCAACUUCAAGUAGGCUCUUCACGAGUGAACUGCAUGCUGGGAGUGGACCGGCAGCAGGUGUGGAUUGGCUCUCAGGAUUCCGUCAUUUACAUAAUCAGCACCCGCAGCAUGUCCUGUAACAAGCAGCUGACGGACCACCGCAGUGAGGUCACAGGGUUGGCCCUAGGGGAGCGCAGCGAGAAAUACAGCCCCAAGGUGGCGUACUCCUGCAGUGAGGAAGGUACAGUGAUGACGUGGGACGUGUCCACACUGCAGGUGAGGAAACAGUUCAGGCUCUCCUGUGACCGUCUCCAGUCCGUUCAGCUCUGCAGUGGAACCCUAUGGUGCUGUGCCAGAGACUGCAUUAUGGAGGUGUGGAAAAACGGAACGUUGACUCGCAGGAUCUCCCUUCCUGAACAGCUCCGUGGCUCCCCCACCGCCUUUAGCAGCUUCCUGCUCUACCAGGAGAAGGAGCAGCUGUGGACGGCCUGUAUAGACGUAGGGGAACUGUGUGUGUGGCACCUCGCAGAGCUCACCAAGCCCUUCCAGAGGAUCCAGUUGCCCGACUGUGCAGGUGUCACCUGCCUCAUCAAGGUCAAAAACCAGAUCUGGGUUGGUGGCCGGAGCUCGGGGAAGUCCAGGGGGAAGAUCUACGUAGUGGAUACCCAGCGACACACGGUGGAGAAGGAGCUGGUAGCUCACACAGACUGUGUCCAGACACUGUGCUCCGCAGAGGACCGCUAUGUGCUGAGUGGGGCGGCCCGCGAGGAUGGGAAGAUAGCCAUCUGGAAAGUGGAGUAACUGGAAUGGAACUCAAUACUGCCCCCCGGUGCAGUAUUGGGUUCAGAACAGGGUCGUGUUCAUUAGGCACCAAACGGUAGAAAAUGGACUGAAACAGAGAGCGGCUACAUGGGCCAAUAAGAAACACUCUUUUUUUUGUUUUCUGUUGAAAAAGAUUUUGCUACGUUGUGCUCUAAUAACCCAGGUUAUUGUGAACCGUUGGGAAAUGGACUUAUUGUGAUUUUAGACUGUCUGUGGAUGGAUGACUGACCCAAAGACAAAAUAAGUCUUCCUUAUGAUUGCAUGGGUUUUUGUAUUGUUGCUCAUUAGACUUACAACAACUGAAGUAAUUUGUCCAGCCUAUAGUUAAAUACCCUUUUGUUUAUGUUCAGCAGUGUUAACUGCUUAUUUUAAUAUUAACAUCUAAGGGCAAGUCUUAUCUUUUUAUAUUGGAACUACAAUAGAGUUGCAUGACAAGUGAUUCACAACCAUAUGAGUAUUUUACAUUUAAUAAAUAUGGGUUUUUUGUUGUUGUAAAUAAACCUUUUUGUAUGUUUUAAUACACAAUACUACAUUUUUGUAUUGUUUACUGGUGUUAUUAUACAUGUAUUAUUAAAAAAUGUAUG